AUGGCCUUCACGGCCGCGUUCCUGCCAUCAUCGUCGGUCGUGAGAUCGAUAUUUCCGAGAGCGAGUCAGCAUGGCUCAGCCGUCUGCGCUAGGGCGGCGCAAAGCUCUCCUUCCUCUUGCUCUUCCUCCUCCGUUCUCAACCGCCUCUACGCAACAGCGCCCAAAGGUCGACCAUCUUCUUCCUCGUCCAAAUUCAAGCCUACCGCCAGCCCUCGACCGACUCCUCGGCCAGACCCCUCUCAACCUCUCGUUCUCUACACUGGACCCCCUCAGUAUCGUCCUGUAGUCUCGCAUUUCCUCCUGCUGGUCUUCUCCGUCGUAGGCAUCACAACGGGGGCGAAUGUGCAGAAGCACGCCGUCUGGCCGCUAUGGCCUACAAAGGACGGCAAGGAACAGAAGUUGAUGGACGAGAAGGUCAGAAUAGCUACGGGCGUUGGAGUGGGCGUAGCAGGCAUCAUGUUGGGGAGCCUCUUCAAGUGGGCGGCUGCUAAGAACAUCACGCGCAUCACCCUGAUCGAACAGGCAGGCAAGCCCCUCCUGAACAUCAAAGUCGCCUCGCCUCCCCUCUUCAAUCGCGAGCUGAUCACCCGGGGCCACCCUCGCGUCAUCACGGAAGGUCGAGGCUCCCCAGAGUUCACCGUCCCCCUCUCCUGCGUCGUUCGUACCACUGGAUCGGCCGUCGCAGCGGGGUGGGUCGACGAGCGCACCGCCGGCCGGGACAGGCGGACGAUCACGCUGCAGGUGGGCAGUAAUGGGAGCGAGGCCUAUGUGCUCGAGACGGCUGGUGGAUUGGAGCCGAAUAGGGAGAAGAGCGCCAAUGUUGUGGCCUACUGGUUCAGAGUGUUUGAGUGGGCGGUGAUUAGGGGCAGGCCGGAACCGCCUUACUUCUGGUCUAGGCAGGCAUUCGAUGAGUUGAUCCCGCCGGCGGGGCCGAGAAGGAUGAGAUGAGCGCAGUUGAGGAGCAUCAGAAGGGUUCUACGACGAUGAGGCCUCGGUGAGAGCCUUGCGCCACUCCCGACUGGUUGAAGCAGCCCUAGCUAGGGUAUGCCGGGCUUGCUGCGUGGCGAGAAGGAAGAGCGGGAAGAGAAGGUGUGAAGGACGAUUGCGGAAGGCAAAUGUAUCAGUAGACAAAUCCUCGAGUGGCAACAUUAGCAGCAUCCUCCGCUCUCACCUUGAGCAUCUGUGAGCGCAUGGCAGGCCAAGCAGAACCCUGAAGCUGUCAGCAGACG